AUGCCCGACCCGCCCUCUGCCGCGCCGUGCGAGCCCACAGUCGCCCCUCAACUUCCCCGAGAUGAUGAACGUUCGACGCCGACAACGGCGACCGCCGCGAGUGCGGGACCGGCACACGGCACCGCAGAGCAGUCGUCGCACGGCCCUGGAGGCGACUGGCUUGUCGUCAGCGAGGCGCUCGCCGACCUCGCCCCGCCGGCACCGCCCCCUCGGCUCACCUCUCGCUCCUCCUCGUCGUCCCGCCAGCCGGGCACGUUCUGCAUCCCCGUCGAGCUCGUCAAGCCCGGCAUGGAAAUGCUCAAGGUGUCGGCCAAGAGCGCGCGCCGCGUCAAGCCGCGCAGGGUCUGGCUCGAGCUCGCGAGCGAGACGCCCGACGACGGCGAGAUGGGCCUCGAGGUUGGGAUCGGCGUCGUCGGCGGGCAGGACGUCAGGCUGUGCUGGGAGAAGAAUGGACCCGGACUCGGCUUCUCGCGUUCGCCCAACUACGCCUCGGUCCCGCUGUCCCGCAUCCGCGACCUGCGCUUCGCCUCGGCCGGCUCGCCCUACCGCACCUCGCUCCACCUCCCGCCGUCGGUCGAGCCGCGCUGGAUGACCGUCAUCUACGCCGCGCCGCCCUCGUCCGGGUUCCUCAGCUCGGUCGCCGGCAGCCCGUCGUACAAGCUCGUGCACUUUAUCGCCCUGUCGCCGCACGACCUCGACCUCGUCCAGAAGACGCUCGAGGGCUUCAAGGAGGGCCGGCUCGCCAAGGGCAUCUCGGGCGGCUCGAGCGCGCACGACGUCCCGCCCGAGGAGGCCGACCGCGUCGUGCACGAGGUCGAGGUGCAUCAGCUCUGCGCGCGGUUGGGCAUGGGCAUGAGCAAGGGCGAGAUCAGUGCGGCGUUUCAGCGCUCGGCCGCCCCGAACGACUUUCUCGACUUCAAGGCGUUCCAGACGUUCGUCAAGCUGCUCAAGCGCCGCGCCGACAUCGAGGAGAUCUACCGCACCGUCGUCGGCGUCGACCAACCGGGCGGGUUCGACGAGGCGGCAUGGACCGCCUUCCUGCGCGAGACGCAGGGCAUCUCGUCGGACGAGACGAUCGACAAGACGUUCAGCAAGUACGCGUCGCCCGGCGAGCGACCGCUCGUCACGCUCGACGGCUUUGUCUCGUUCCUAAUGUCGUCCGACAACGCGGCCAUCAAGGACGAGUCGAAGCAGGACAUGACCAGGCCCUUGCCCGAGUACUUUAUCAGCUCGAGCCACAACACGUACCUCAUCGGCAGCCAGUUCCAGGGCCAGAGCACGGUCGAGGGCUACAUCCGGGCGCUCCAGCAGGGCUGUCGCAGUGUCGAGCUCGACGUGUGGGACGGCGACAACGGCGAGCCGGCCGUCACGCACGGCCACACCCUGACGACCAAGAUCCCCGUCCGCAUGGUGCUCCAGGCGAUCGCGCAGUACGCCUUCCUCGCGUCGCCGUACCCGGUCGUGCUCAGCGUCGAGGUGCACUGCGAGCUCGACCAGCAGGACAAGCUCGCCGCCAUCCUGCACGACACGCUCGGCGACCGCCUCGUCAGCAGACGGCUCGACGAGAUGGAGGCCGACGCCGAGGUCGACAAGCUCCCGAGCCCACACGACCUGCGCGGCAAGUUCCUCCUCAAGGCCAAGAACAAGUUCAUGACGUCGAACGAGAACGGGUUCCCCGUUAAGCUGGUCCCGAGCGGCGACUCGUCGUCAAGCGAGGUGUCGUCCCAGUCGAGCUCUGACGGCGACUUCAAGAACAGCAAGUUCUAUCGCGCGAUCCGCCAGUUCCGCGGCAGCGACAGCAGCUCGACCCGACCGCCCAUCCUGCGCGGCCGCAGCUCGCGCUCGUCCAUCUCGUCCGUCGGCUCGCAGCCUGUACCUGUCCCGUCGAGCCUCGUGGCACCGUCGAGCACCAUCACCGGCAGCGAGCUGUCCGUGUCGCCGCCCAACAUGCCGUCCAUGCUGUCGCCGCCGUCGCUCGGGCCGCCGACGCCGACUUUGCCGGCCAAGCCCAAGGACAUGGCCAUGUCGCACGCGCUCGCGAGCCUCCUCGUCUACACGGUCGGCGUCAAGGCACGCGGGUUCAACAAGAAGGAAAAGUACGCCGCGACGCACGUCAUCUCGCUCGGCGAGACGCGCCUCGCAAAGAUGCUGCGCGACGAGGCGACCCGCCAGGACUUUGUUGCGCACAACCGCGCCCACCUCACGAGGGCGUACCCCAAGGGCAGCCGGCUCACAAGCAGCAACUUUGCGCCGCACCACAUGUGGGCCGCCGGCGUGCAGCUCGUCGCGCUCAACUGGCAGACGUUCGAUGUCGGCAUGGAGCUCAACUCGGCCAUGUUUGCGCGUGCGGCUCGGUGCGGGUACGUCCUCAAGCCCGACUUUCUGCGCAAGAAGGGCGCCGAGAAGGACAAGGUCGCGUCGCUGCGGUCCGAAAAGUACCGCCUCGACAUCGAGGUCAUUUCGGCACAGCAGCUUCCUCGUCCUCGAGGGUCGGGCAGCGACAUGGACGCGUGCGUGCUCGACCCGUUCGUCGAGGUGUCGCUGUUCGUCCCAGGCGUCGUCGGCAUGCAGAAGCGCCGCACGCCGGUCGUCCUCGGCAACGCCUUCAACCCGACCUUUCGCGCAGCGUCGAGCACGUCGCCGACGUCGGCGUCGCAGUUCUCGUUCACGUUCUCGUCGCACCCGUCGCCGGGCAUGCUCGACCUCGCCUUUGUCCGGUUCGAGGUCCUCAACGCCAAGGGCAACGUCAAGGCGGCGCUCGACGAGGGCAAGGGCGACAGCGUCGGCGCCUACACGAUCGGUGUCGGCGCACUCAUGCCCGGGUACCGCCACCUCCCGCUGUACGACGGCAUGGGCGACCAGCACCUGUACUCGACGCUGUUCAUCAACACGACGACGAUGAACCAGUCGGCUCGUCCUCGCUCCACCUCGGACCAGGCGCCGGCAGCAGCAUCCUCGUCGACUGCCCCGCAUCCGACCCGCUCUCGCCUCACGCCCCUCAUCUUCCUCCUGCCGCUCGCCCUGUCGGUCCUAUUCAGCCAGCUGCAGCGCAUCGAUUCAGUACGCGACUGGGCCGCGAGCCGGUUCUCGACGAGCGAGGUCGUCGACACCGCCCCGCUCGUCCUCGAGGGCGUCAGCUGCCCGGCCGUCGUCGAGCCGCUCAAUGUCGGCGUCGACUGGCGACCUGAAGACGACGAGGUGUACAAGAUGCUCGCCGUCGAGCGGCUCCAAGGCGCCGUCCGCAUCCCGACCGAGUCGUUCGACGACAUGCUCGGACCCGACGACCCGCGCUUCGCCAUCAUGGGCGACCUGCACGCCUACUUCGAGCAGACGUUCCCGCGCGUGUACGCGACCCUGGACGUCGAGACCGUCGCCCAGUGGGGCCUCCUGUUCACGUGGAAGGGCUCUGACUCGUCGCUCAAGCCUGUCGUCCUCAUGGCCCACCAAGACGUCGUCCCCGUCAACGCCGUCACGGCCAAGCGCUGGACGCACCCGCCGUUCUCGGGCCUGUACGACGAGCAAGGCUGGAUUUGGGGCCGAGGAUCGGCCGACUGCAAGAACACGCUCGUCGGCGCCCUUGCAGCAAUCGACAAGCUCAUCCAGGAAGGGUUCACGCCAACUCGGUCGAUCAUCAUCUCGUCGGGCGCCGAUGAAGAAGUCGGAGGGCGUCGUACGGCCCUGCCGAUCGCUCGCGAGCUCGAGGCGCGGUACGGCAAGGACGGCGUCGCGCUCAUCGUCGACGAGGGCUCGGGCGGCGUCGACACCGUGUUCGGCGUGCCCUUUGCGCGGUUCGGCACCGCCGAGAAGGGCGCCGUGUCGGCGCACAUCGAGAUCUUCAUGCCCGGCGGGCACUCGUCGGUCCCGCUGGGCCCGCACACGAGCAUCGGCGUCCUCGCGAGGUGCAUCGUCGCGCUCGAGGACCACCCGUUCUUGCCCGGCCUGCGCGCCGGCAGCCCCAUGCUCCAGCAGCUGCAGUGUGCCGCCGACCAUGGCCACGUCAGCGACGCCUGGCGCCGGCGCGUGCGCGACCCGAGCCAGUGGGCGAGCCUCGGCACCGACCUCGCCAAAAAGGACCCCAUCUUCCGCGCUUUCCUCGGGACGACCCAGGCCGUCGACCUCAUCGACGGCGGUAUCAAGCUGAACGCCCUCCCCGAGUACGCGUCCGCCUUCAUCAACUACCGCAUCGACUUCCAGUCGUCGGUCAACGAGACGCUCGAGCACAUCGCGUCCAUCCUCGAACUCGUCGUUACCUCGCUCGGCCUCGUCUUUGCGCCGUUCGGCACGCACCCCGAGGUCGACAACAACGUCGUCCGGCUGUCGCAGUUUGGCACAAGCGGCAUCGAGCCGGCACCGCUCACGCCGACCGAGGGCGCCGUGUGGGAGCUCAUGGCGGGCACGACGAGGCAUGUCUGGCCCGGCGCCGUCGUCGCGCCGAGCGGCAUGAUCGCCAACACCGACACGAAGCACACGUGGAACUUGACGCGCCACAUCUAUCGGUUCGUGCCGGCCUCGACCGACCUCAUCAAGGGCUUCCACACGGUCGACGAGCGCAUCCACAUCGACGCGCACAUCUCGACGAUCCGCUUCUUCCACACGCUAUUGCGCAACACCGCAACGUGGCGGGCACCUUGAGCGGCUGGGCUCGCCCGCAGGCGGCGCAGCGUCGUCCGCAGCUCGUCGGCACGGGCCAGAGCGGCGCGAGUCGUACAUAGAGCGUUCCCUUCCCCGAGCCGCACAAGUCCGUAUCGAGCCCGUGGAACGACGAGAUCUUGGGUCGCCCCGAGGUCCUCCCGCUCGCAGGAGAGCCCGCCCUCCCCACCUCGUCUUCAUCGCCCUCCGCGACUCGUACCUCGCGCGUCCGCCUCGCAGCGCUCCUGGUCUUGCUCCCCCUCGCCUUCUACCUGUCGUUCCCGCGCCAAGAGCUCGACCACCUCAGCUGGCUCGCCCCCUCGACCUCUGCCGACCGCCCCGUCUCGAUCCUCGGCGCGAGCUGCCCCGGCCAGAGCGAGGCCAGGAAUGUCGGGCCCGACUGGCGCCCCGAGCAGGACGACGAGUACAAGCAGAAGGCCAUCGAGCGCCUCCAGGGUGCCGUCCGCAUUCGCACUGAGUCGUUCGACGACAUGGCCGGGCCCGAGGACCCGCGCUUCGACGUCAUGGGCAACCUGCACGCCUACCUCGAGCAAACGUUCCCGCGCGUCUACUCGAAACUCGACGUCGAGAAGAUCCAGAAGUGGGGCCUGCUCUUGACGUGGAAGGGCACCGACGAGCACCUCAAGCCUGUCGUCCUCAUGGCGCACCAGGACACGGUCCCCGUCAACCCGUCGACCAUCGACCAGUGGACGUACCCGCCGUUCGACGCCCACCUCGACGAGAGUGGCUGGAUCUGGGGCCGUGGUGUCGCCGACUGCAAGAACACGCUCAUCGGCCUCUUUGCCGCGCUCGACAGGCUCAUCGAGGACGACUUUACGCCGACUCGGACCAUCAUCCUCUCGUCCGGGUUCGACGAGGAGAUUGGCGGCCACCGCUCGGCGGCGUACCUCGCGUCGACGAUCGAGUCGCGCUACGGCAAGGACGGCGUCGCGCUCGUGCUCGACGAGGGCUUCACGGGCGUCGACACGGCGUACGGCGUGCCGUUUGCGCGGUUCGGCAUGGCCGAGAAGGGCGCCGUCAGCGUCCAGAUCGAGGUCCUCACGACGGGCGGCCACUCGUCUGUGCCCUUGUCGGCCCACACGGGCAUCGGCGUCCUCGCGCAGUGCAUCACGGCGCUCGAGGCGCACCCGGCGACGCCGCUCCUCCAGAAGGGCAACCCGCUCCUGCAGCAGCUCCAGUGCGCGGCCGACCACGGCGACGUCGACAAGCAGUGGCGCCGGCGCAUCCGCAACCCGAAGCAGUGGAAGAAUAUUGGGCUCGAGAUGGCCAAGCAGGACCCGAUCGCGAGGGCGUUCCUCGGCACGACGCAGGCGGUCGACCUCAUCGAGGGCGGCGUCAAGCUCAACGCGCUUCCCGAGUACGCCUCGGCGUCGGUCAACUACCGCAUCGACUUUCUCUCGUCGGUCAACUCGACGCUCGAGCACAUCUCGUCGAUCCUCGAGCCCGUCGUCGCCGACCUCAACCUCACCUUUUCGAGCUACGGCUCGCACCCCAAGGUCGACAACAACGUCGUGCGCCUGUCGAUGGUGGGCACGAGCGCGAUCGAGCCCGCGCCGCUCACGCCGACCGAUGGCGACGCGUGGGAGCUCAUGGCUGGCACGACGAGGCACAUCUGGGAGGGCGCUGUCGUCGCGCCGAGCGGCAUGGUCGCCAACACCGACACCAAGUACUCGUGGCCGCUCUCGCGGCACAUCUACCGCUUCGUGCCCGGCUCGCUCGACCUCAUCAAGAAUUUCCACACGGUCGACGAGCGGAUCCACAUCGACGCGCACCUGACGGGCGUGCGGUUCUUCUACAAGCUCUUGCGCAACACGGAGGGGUGGCAGGCGGCCUGAGCGUGUCGACAGGUCGAGGGAGGUGGUCGGUCGGGAGGCGAGGCGAGAACGGGCGAUUAGAGGAGGCGACCCGCAACGAGAACACUUUUCUGUGACCCGUU